UUGGGCGGCUUGUCAAGGACCGACCGCUCUGCUGCGUAUCCGUUGAUAGAAGCGGAGCUGGCGCAAACGCGAGCGGACGCACGUUCGGAAUUGCACAGUGCACUCUCCCCAAAUGCUCAGAGCCCCUCCAAACGCGUGUUUCCUUGCUUUAGCCAGCGGGUCAAGCGUGCAUUUCUCGCCGGAAGAUAGUGAUAAAAAAUGUCAAAAGAAGAGGGCAGGGUAAUCCCCGUGAGGGUGGCCCUGAGGUGCCGCCCUCUUGUUCCCAAAGAACUUGCAGAGGGCUGCCAGAUGUGUUUGUCUUUUGUCGCUGGAGAACAGCAGGUGGUUCUAGGCAAGGACAAGCCGUUCACGUAUGAUUAUGUUUUUGACCCAUCGACUGAGCAGGAAGAGGUGUUCAACUCCUGCGUUGUUCCCCUUGUAAGGGGUGUUUUCAAAGGGUACAAUGCUACUGUUCUGGCCUAUGGGCAGACAGGGUCUGGGAAGACCUACUCCAUGGGAGGGGCCUACACGGCCGACCAAGAGAACGAUCCCACCGUCGGAGUCAUCCCUCGGGUGAUAAAGCUGCUCUUCCAAGAAAUGAGAGAGAAGACAGAGUGGCAGUUUUCCUUGAAAGUCUCCUAUCUAGAGAUCUACAAUGAGGACAUCCUGGACCUCUUGGCACCAGCCAAAGAGCGGACAUCUCAGAUCAGCAUCCGUGAGGACCCCAAGGAAGGCAUAAAGAUUGUGGGACUUACAGAACAUGUAGUAAAUAGUGCCAAGGAAACUGUCUCGUGCCUGGAGCAGGGCAACAACUCCCGAACUGUGGCUGCCACCGCUAUGAACACCCAGUCAUCUCGCUCUCACGCCAUCUUCACCAUGUCCAUCGAGCAGAAAAGCAAGAGCGACAGGAACACCAGCUUUUGCUGCAAACUGCACCUCGUAGACCUCGCUGGUUCUGAAAGGCAAAAGAAGACCAAAGCAGAAGGUGACCGUCUGCGGGAAGGAAUCAACAUCAACAAAGGCCUGCUCUGCCUGGGGAACGUCAUCAGUGCUCUCGGGGAUGAAACCAAGAAGGGCAGUUUUGUCCCUUACCGGGACUCCAAACUCACACGCCUUUUGCAAGACUCCUUGGGGGGCAAUAGCCACACCCUCAUGAUCGCCUGCGUGAGUCCGGCAGAUUCCAAUAUGGAAGAGACCUUGAACACCCUUCGCUAUGCUGACAGGGCCAGGAAAAUAAAGAACAAGCCAGUAGUGAAUAUCGAUCCCCAGGCUGCAGAAAUCAACCGGUUGAGGCUGCAGGUCCAAGAGCUGCAGGUCUUAUUGCUGCAAGCUCACGGAGGAACACUUCCGGUAUCAAUUGGGGGUGAGCCCUCGGAAAAUUUGCAGUCCCUGGCGGAGAGAAACCACUCCCUCAUGGAGGAGAACGAGAAGCUCAGCCGUGGCCUGAGCGAAGCAGCCGGCCAGAUUGCCCAGAUGUUGGAAAGGAUCAUUCUGACGGAGCAGCAUAAUGAGAAGAUCAGCCUGAAGAUAGAGGAGCUCCAGCAGCAUGACGCCCUGAAGCUCGACCUUCAGAAGGUGCUUGAGACUCUGGAGGACGAAGAACUGAGGAAGCAGGUGGAAUUAUUUUGCAACCUGCAGCAAGCGAUCGCCCAGUUGCCGAACGAAAAUGCUGCUGGUGUUGUUGACAUGGACACGUCGGACCAGGACUCCAGCGCUGCUUCAGAGGCUGACCUAGACGUGCAGCAGUCCUCCGAGGAGUACGCCACGCGUCACGCGCUCCACCAGGCCCAGAUGUCCAAAGAGCUGCUGGAGCUCAACAAAGCCCUGGCUCUGAAGGAGGCCCUGGCCAAGAAGAUGUCUCAGAACGACAGUCAGCUGGAGCCCAUCCAGCACCUGUACCAGACCAACAUCAAAGACCUGGAAGGGCAGGUUGCCAAGCUGCAGAAGGAGAAGGAGGACCUGGUCGUUGCGCUUCACAUGACAAAGAAGGAUGUCACUCAGGCAAAGCUGAGCGAACGCCGCAGGAAACGGCUUCAGGAGCUCGAAGGGGAAAUGACGGAUCUGAAGAAGAAACUGAAGGAGCAGUCAAAGCUUCUGAAGAUGAAAGAAUCCAGUGAGCAGACAGUGUCCAAGCUGAACCAGGAGAUCCGGGCAAUGAAGAGCCAGCGAGUUCAGCUCAUCCGUCAGAUGAAAGAUGAUGCUGAGAAAUUUAGGCAGUGGAAGCAGCAGAAGGACAAGGAGGUGAUCCAGCUGCGGGAGCGGGAUCGCAAGAGGCAAUACGAACUCAUCAAGCUGGAGCAGGACUUCCAGAAGCAAGCCACUGUCCUCCGGCGGAAAGCGGAGGAGGCCGCGGCGGCAAACAAGCGCUUGAAGGACGCUCUGCAGAAGCAGCGAGAGGCUGUUGACAAAAGGAAAGAGAGCCAAAACCGUGGCAUCGAAGGGAUCGCUGCCCGAGUAAAGAGCUGGCUUGCGAAUGAGGUCGAGAUCCUCGUUAGUAUAGAAGAGGCUCGGGGCCACCUCAAUGACCUUCUCGAGGAUCGAAAAACCUUGGCGGAGGAGAUCGCGUCUCUUAAGGAGAAGCGCGACGCCGGGGAGAACCUGCCCACAAAAUAUAAGAGGCGCACGUACUCCCACAGAGCUGUGGAAAUGAACGCUUCCAUCACCAAGCAGAUCGAGAGCCUGGAGAAAGAGAUGGAGCUCAGGAGCGCCCAGAUCGCGGACCUGCAGCAGAAGCUGCUGGAUGCGGACACCGCCGACCGCAGCAAGCAGCGCUGGGAAAGCAUCGCCACCAUCCCGGAAGCCAAGUGCGCCAUCAAGUACCUGAUCGGCGAGCUGGUCUCCUCCAAAGUGGAAGACGGGAAACUGGAGAGCCGGCUGCAGCAGAGCAAGGCCACCUGCGCCGACGUGCACAAGAUGCUCCUCGAGGAGCGGAAAGCCGUGGCCGAGUUGGAGGGCGAGCGCGAGCGCCGACUCGUGCAGCUGGAGCAGGAGCAUCAGGAGAAGGUUCUCUACCUGCUCAGCCAGAUACAACACAAAGAAGAAGUAGAGAAAAAACUCGAGGUGUCCAUUUCGGAACGGGAAGAGCAGCUCCUGGAACGCCUCAAGUUCCAGGAUGAAGAGCUGGCCAAGAUGAAGGAGGUCUUCGAGAAGAACCAGGAGCUCUGUGAAGAGCUGGAAAUGGUCCGGCAGAAACUGAGGAUUCUGCAAGCUGCCAGUGGCCAGAAGAUCCACAGCAUUGCUCAGUCCGCAGUCACGGAUACCCCGGAGUCCCCUUUCGACUACGUCCCGCCCAAGCCAAAGCUCCGCCGGCCAACGACCGCGCGGCCUGCAUCCGAGAUGGAGGACCUGCUCUCCGAAUCAGAUGAGUCGGAAGAAGAAACAAAAGAUGCUGAGUGGGUGCCGGCCAAAAUCGCCCGAGGGAUCAAGAAGAACAUUUUGGGGUGCACCUGCAAAGGCCGCUGCGGGAACAAGCAGUGCGGCUGCCGGAAGCAGAAGCUGGCCUGCUCGGAGGACUGCCGCUGCGAGUCCGAGAAGUGUCGGAACCGGGAGAACUUCCUCUUGGAGGCGACGCUCAUGGAUGAGCAGCUGGGGGAGCUCAAGGACCACGUCUUCAGCCUGGAAGAUCCCACGCUGGUGACUGGCGGAGACACCUUCUUUGAGCCUCCAGCAAUCACGCCCACCAGGAAGAUCUUGGAGGAAACAGCCGAGCAGGAGAACCUGCCUCCCGCAAGCGGCGCCACCUCGUUCUUCACCCUUGGGCACCCGGUGGCUGGCGAGAACCCACAGGCGGCCGUGAAGAAGAGGCGGAAGCGCAUGCUGAACAGCACGAGCGGCUUCUUCUCGGGCUGCACCCCCAUCAAAGAAAAUUCGGUGAUGCCUAGUGAGGCCAGCACGUUUGGUGUCGGUGAUGCUUAGACUGUAGACAAGCAAGCCCGAGGGUUCGUCUAAUUUUAUAGUGUAUAGAAUUUUUUGGAAUAAAUGGAUUUUUACGAAUACCCUUGCGUUGUGCUCCCUGGAUGGCUCUGCGGGAGCACCCACCCCACAGCACCCUCCCCCAUGGAAGGACCUGUGCUGGAGGGGCGCAUG